UGCAAUGCAGUCCGCCCGCUGCGAGUUUGAACUAAAUGUUUGGACAGAUGCACUGAGCGCCACUGAAAUUAACAAAACACAUGGGAGGUGACGUUCUUGGUCGGCUUUGGUGCAUUUCAUAUUAAGAACAGUUACAAAAUAAGGAUUUAUACACGUGUUACCCACGUGUUGUUGGCGAAACUCACACCGGCUACCUUUAGAAACAUCCGGUUAAUGUAGCUUCACCAGUGCAGCCGUUGACUAACAUUCAUAUUUGAUAUUUAACCAAAAGUCAAACGUCGUAGCGUUUUCAUCCGGACACUAAUGAGUGCUGAAGAGCCGGAGCAGCGGGACGGAGGGUCGGAGAUGGACGCGAACCCACCGAAGCGGCUCCGUACAGAGGAAAACAGCCUGCCUGAAGAAAGAGACCAAGAGGCGGAGAAGAGCUCAGUGGAUGUGAGCAUUAUCAUGCCGGUGCACAAUGCAUCACCUUGGCUGGAUGAGUGUCUACGGGGCGUAUCACACCAAGACUUCACUGGAGCCGUGGAGCUGUCAGUGUUUGACGACGCAAGCACUGAUGACUCCAGAAAAGUGUUGGAGGGCUGGAGGGACAGGUUGGAGGCAAGAGGAAUCUCUGUGGUGAUCUCCGGUCACAAUUCUGCCCAACCCAGAGGAGUGGGCUACGCAAAGAAUAAGGCCAUAUCUCAGAGUCGUGGACAAUUCUUGUGCUUUCAGGACGCGGAUGACAUUAUGUUGCCCCAAAGAAUUCGCCUGCAGUACGACGCGUGUGUGCUCCACCAGAACUCGCUGAUUGGCUGCAGAGUCCAGAGGGUGCCAGAGGGGUCUACAGAGCGUUACACUCGCUGGAUCAACACACUCACUCAGGAACAGCUCACAACACAGGCGUACACAUCCCACGGGCCCACAGUCGUCAUGCCAACAUGGUUCUGCUCAAGAAGAUGGUACCUGGAGGUUGGACCAUUUGACGAAGGAGGCAAGGGAGUGCCAGAGGAUCUGCUCUUCUUCUACCAGAGUCUUCGUCUGGGCGGGGGUUUGUCCAGGGUCGACCAGUGCCUGCUGGUUUAUCGUUACCACGAGAAGGCCGCCACUCACUCUGUAACAGAGGAGACUAUUUGGAAGCUGCGAGUGGAAUUCCUACAGGAGAAGGUUCUCAGCCAAUGGGAGAACUUCACCAUAUGGAACGCUGGGAAACAGGGCCGCAAGCUGUACCGAUGCCUGAGCCCGACCAGUCAGAAGAAAGUCAAAGCUUUUUGUGACGUGGAUGAGAAUAAGAUCCAGAAAGGCUUCUACACAUACGAGGAAUCCAAGGAACGACCAAAGCCAAAAAUCCCAGUGGUGCACUACAAGGACGCCUCCGCCCCCUUCAUCAUCUGCGUUAAACUGGACAUGACAGGAGGAGUUCUGGAGGAAAACCUCAAGUCUUUGCAGCUGAAGGAAGGAACAGAUUACUACCACUUCAACUGACUGCUCAGACUGAUGGAGACAGGAGGAGCCCUGUGGGUUUAACAGCCCGGGGAAUGCAGAGGAGAGGAUUACCUACACACAUACACAACCCCAGAGAUACUGUAGGCAGGUAAUGACAGGAAAGUAGAGGGCUCUUACAGUGAGUGAAGGACCAAAGGAUUAUAACGCAUCUAGGUGGUUUUAAGAAGGUGCUUUUUGUGUGUCUGAAGAGAGUGAAGAAUUUCCAGCCCUCAUAGUUUUACUUGGCAAAUAUGACGGAACAUCUCAGCUCUGAUUUUUGUGCCUUGCUCCUUAACCACAGUACUGGAGCUGUUACGGUUGUUUGUUUUCAGAGACGGGUGUAAGAAUAAUUCCACAUUUUGAGGGAAUGUGCUUAUUUGCUUGGUAAAAGUUACCAGUCACUUGUUGAAGGUCAAGCUACACCAGGGAGAUGAUUAGCAUCGCUUAGCAAGACGAAUGGCAACAACAGAAACCUACGGGCACCUUUAAGUCAUUCAGCGUGCUACACCUUGUUUGUUUAAUAUAUUCAAAAUCCAGAAUGGCAAACAUAAGUUAUUUACUGGUCAGGAGCAGUAACUCCAGACUUUUGUUCGUUUUUACUCUUGGUUUAACAGAGGCAAGGCUCUUUAUUCCACGAUAAUCCAACGGGGUACUUACCUGUACCUGUAUAUUAAGUCCAGAGAGUUGUAUUCAUUUCCAUGUCAUUAUUGUCAAACAAAAAAGAAAACACUGUAUUUCUAAAAGCAUAUUUUCCCAAAUGUCUGCACUAUUCCUUGAACACAGACAAUAGGAGUAACCACAGGCUGAUCCAGGGGGGAGUUAAGGCCGUGAUUGAUGAUUUAAUAAUUGAGUUAGAAAGGAAAGUGUCCUGGGCCCUUAUGUUUUACAAAAAUGACAGCUAUUUAUUCUUGCCUAAUAAAUAGCUGUCAUGGCAAUUCCCAGUGUUGACCACUGGAGGAAUAAAAUGUUAAGUUUUCUAA